CCAUUACAGCCAAUCAUCGACGCGGUUACAAACACUUCCACUCCUUUUCGGAAAGAUCCUUCGUAGCAGGACAAGCACUCAGUCAGAAACUUUGAAUUAAGAAGCUUAGGACGGAUGUUUAAAGACAAUACAGCAAUAAAUCAAUUAUCCAGAUAUCUUCACCUGAGACGUCGAUGUUGUAAGGCGAUCACGUGACCUGUGACGUCAUGCGUAACACAGCUACCCCAUCAAAAGUCAGAGAUAACAGCUUAUGUAUAUGGCAGUCCAUUAACCAUCCUUUACGAAAAUCAUUUGAAGACAAACAUCAGUCUCGGCACAUUUUACGUCUUGAUACGUAAUACCAACAAUUGUUAUGUCUUCCUUACGAACCAGUAGAAGCUCUGAGGAUAGAUCUUCAGACAGUAACCCAGAGAUAUCCGAGAACACGGACGCAGGCAGUCGAAAUCCGGAUCCAGCCGAGGCCAGAGGAAAGGCUUCAGGAUCCAAGAUGCUCAGCGAGCGACCAUUGAAGAGAGCUGGUAAACGCCCAGGUCGUAAACCAUCCAGGGUAGAUGUCAAAGCUAAACUUGAAAGGAGUCGACAAAGUGCACGAGAGUGCAGAGCCCGGAAAAAGCUUCGGUAUCAAUACUUGGAAGAGUUAGUGCUGAACAGGGAACAGGCUAUAUUUGCUCUCAGAGAUGAACUUGAGGUGUUUAAACAAUGGUGCAUACAAGUCGAUAAAGGGGUUGUAACAGACAAACUUCUCAACACGAUAAAUCAAGACUCUUCACAAGGGAAAAAGGGUCAAGGUCAAGCAUCAACUAGCAGCCAUCUUGGAUCAAGCCGGACAAGUACAGUAACAUCAGGAACACAGGGAUAUGUUACAUCGAGUUCUGGAUCACUUACUCCUGAUAUGACAGACUAUGGAACCACAAGUGGGACAAGGUCAUUUGAGCACCAGUCUCUGCCUAGUAGUACUGUGAGGCACUUUCCAGGAUCACAUGUAGCCUCGCAUCUCCAUGGGGCAGGUGCUCAAGUUCACGACACAAGUCGUCUUUAUCCAAACCAGAUGUCUCACACAAGCGAAGGAAUGGGUCAGUUGCCAAGGUCAAAUACGUUAGUUGGGGGACAUUAUUCCAACGUUCCCAACGUUCACUUUGGUGAAAGUGUGUCUGGGUCGAUGUACCCAUCCCAGUGUGAAUAUCCCAGAAGUUCCAUGGGUAAUAUGAGUAACUACACAGCUCCUGUAACAGUGUCACAGAACUAUAUAAACCUCAAUAAUAUGAACAUUCCCAACACAUGCAUAGGAUCACUUGACAACACCAUGACAACAAUCACUUCUACAGCGCAGUCAUCCAUCCAUCCCAACUACAAUAUUGGGGCAUCGUACAACCCUCAAGCAUCAACAUCACAAGACACAGUUGGGCCGGCCCAGGAAACCUCGUGGCUGUCUCUGCUGGUGGAUAUGGAACCUGGAUUGUCCCGCCAAGGUGUGGAGUCAGCUUGUGGAACCCCCCAGUCUGUGGAUGGUAUUCGGCCCCUUCCAACCGUGGUACAGGACUUCCUUGACUCCUCAAACUCUGGCUCGGACACAUGACAAUAGGUGACUUCUUCUAGGGUUCGACCCUAGGAGGAGUCACUGUCUUUGAGAAACCAAUAGAAUAGCUUUUCAGCAUCAGAUACCUCCAACACAGUGCUUUAUUUCUGCUUUUAUAUGGGAUGAAUCUUUUUGGGUACUAGUGUACAUCUGUGACGAGAAACGAACUCGAUCAGGGUUUUACAUGACGCGUCAUUCCUGCGUAUUCGACGCAACAAUUUUGUAAAAGACUCUCAAAAUAUUAUCAUACGAGUCAAGCUUGACGCAAGUUUUAUGGGUGACCCUCACAACUCA